UGGUCUUCGUCAAAUCGUCAUAUCAAACGAAAGUGCAAGGAAAGCUUCAGCCAAUUUUCUCUUAAUGCCAUUCUCUCGUUUACACCAUAGUAGGUAGACAGUAGAGAUGGCGUAAACACUAAGCUAAUUUUAAAUUUCUCAAUGGGGGAUUUCUGGGAAAUCUAAAUAAAUAUAUAAAUGGACAUACCCACAAAUGAAAAGCGUCAUGCCAGUAAUUCAGAUCAGUAUGGAAUGGUAGCACAUAGAGGGGAAGAUUCGGCGCCUUUUCCAUUAUUCUCAAGGUUGAGCUGAGGUCGCCGUCCAAUUUGUUCUUUCGAUUGUGAAGUAGGUAUCUUUGUAAAUGGAUUCACGGGUCUUUAGAUUCAAUCCCAGUGAAGAAGAGCUCGUAUUUGACUAUUUGAAGAGAAAAAAUAGUAGCAUUAAGGGAGAUCUGGAUUGGAUUCCUGAGGCGGAUAUUUUCAAAUGCGAGCCUUGGGACCUGCCAGACAGAUCUUUUCUGCCAAAUUGUAACAACCAGUGGUAUUUUUUUAGUCCUUGCGAUUGGAAGCAUCACAGUGGAUCACAUGCUGAUAGGGCUACUGAAGCUGGGUAUUGGAAAACCACAGGAAGGCACCAGACAGUUCACUCUCGGUCAACUUCAACAGGAGUAAAGAAGACUCUAAGUUUCUAUAAGGGCAGACCUCCACGUGGAGAAAAAACUCAAUGGAUGAUGCAUGAGUACCAUCUGGAUGAAAAGGAAUUCAAGGCAGGAGCUGGUUUGCAGAAUGCUUUUGUAUUAUGCCAUGUUCUCAAAGUCAAAAAGAAUGAACUUCCAGAAAAAAGUGGUGGAUUUCAAAGUGCAGAAAUGGAGACGAGUGAUUCAUCUCUUAAAAAUAGAAAUCCCUCCUGCGAUGAAGACAAGUCUGAAGACAGGUCAAAACAACUAGAAGAGGUUCAAACAUAUUCAAGUUUACCACAUGUGACAGAAGAUACUGCUGAACUUAAUAUGUGUUUAGGACCUGGCAAGGACACAAUUAAUCAACAGGUUGAUUCGAUGCCAAAUGGUUUAGGAUCAAAUUGUGAGUUUGGAUGGCUUCCAUCAAACAACAAUGAUUUUCCUCAAGUUCCAGCUGAUAUAAGCUUUACUAGGCCUGAAGCUACAGAUGGAUAUUUGACUGGUGAAGAAAUGGAUGAGUAUAUUGACGGAGCAGGUCUCAUAGAGCAAAUUCUGAAUACAUGUGAAGCUACAGAUGGAUAUUUUACUGGUGAAGAAAUGGAUGAGUAUAUUGACGGAGCAGGUCUCAUAGAGCAAAUUCUGAAUACAUGUGAAGCUACAGAUGUAUAUUUGACUGGUGAAGAAACGGAUGAGUAUGACGAAGCAGAUCUCUUAGAGGACAUUCUGGAUGCAUGUGAGGAUUCCCAGAAUUCUGAUGUGGAUCAAUCUUCCCCUCAGGAUAGCUAUGCUGACAUCUCGAAUCCACAUGCAUAUCAAGAUUCCCAGAAUUCUAAUGUGGAUCAUUCUUUCCCUCAGGAUAGCUAUGCUGACAUCUCAAAUGGUAAUUAUAUAGAACUUAAUGACUUUGAGAAUUGUGAUUCUUCUCUUUCGUUUGAUAGUGUAUACAACAAUGGUGGUCCUGGAAUCCAAUUACGACCUCGCAGUCCAGCAUUACAUAGUUAUCAGCAAGAUGUGUCAUCUGAAGAUACAUCCAAAAGAAGAGUUCGCAUGCAGGUGCAUAAGAUGGAAGCUUUAGCAGGACCAAAUGAAAAAUAUGUAGCAACCACAAACAUCCAUUAUGCAUCAAGUUGUUUGGGUGAGAAUCAGAUUGGUUCCAUGUAUGACCCACAAAUUCAGCAACUGUUGUUAGAUACUUGCGGUGAGCAUGAACACAAUUUAGAGAUUGAAAAUUCUGCAACUGGAAAUGAAGUGAUCAAUUGGAGGGAUGAGUCUUCUUGGUGUCAAGAACACGAGGUUAUAGAUCCUGCAAAUUUCAGUUCAGUUUUUAAUUAUGCUGACAUCCUUGUCAGUCACAGCUUAUUACCAACCUCUCUACAACCAUCUGCAGUUUUGAACGUGGAACCUUCAGAAACUAUUGAGAUGUCACCUAAUACAUUUGAUACAGGCGUGAAACAUGACACCAUUUCUUUGAAUAGAUGCCAGACAUCAUUUCAGGCGUUAUCAUCAUCAAAAUCUGGGACUUCUCCCCCAGUUAUGUCUAUCACAGAGAAGAUAGACAAAUCUAAUAUAAGUGAACAUGCUUGCUUUGAAGGAUGUGUUGUGGAGUCAGAUAAGUUAUCAGUUAUAGAGCUUCUCCACAAAAGUGUAAAUUCAGUAUCUGAAAACCCUAAAGCGCUGCUGUCUCAAGCAGCAUGCUUGGGUGAGAACUCAACAUUUGUAGGAUCCCUACCUAAUUCAGGAACUCUUUCCUUGGUUCAGUUAGAGGAGAAGUCAUCAGCACUAAAUUCAUCAGAGGGAAAAUUACCGACAUCACCUAACGAAGGCUCAAGACCUUCUAAUAUACUAAUAAAGUUUUUGGGCAGUAUUCCUGGAAGUCCGGCUUCCGCAAUGGAGCUCCCAGCUACUUUGAAAUCUGACAAGCACACUCUUGGCCUACAGGAUACAAGUAAUUCUGGGUCAUCCAGUAACACAGCCAAUAGUGAUUAUGUUCCUUCCUCGAUGCUGAAAAAAGUGUCCUCCAAAGGAAUUUUUGAAUAUCCUAGAUUGGAUACAGCCUCAUCUGAAUUGAGAGCCAGAUCUGUUCAAGAAUCCAACAUUGUGGCGGGCGGUAAAGAUAAGAGGAGGGAAGCUGGUGAAGAUUCUGCUGGUCCAAGUCCUAGUUCGGUGCAGCCAAGAGGUCUCUCGGGUUUAUUCUCUCAACUUAGUAAGAGGAUUUCACUGAGAGGUUCGCAUGGCGGUGUUGUGCUAACAUGCCUUUUUGGUACGGCAUUUUUAUUUUUAUUUUUCUUGCUGUCAAGCAUCUUGGGCAUCUUUGCAAGCACUUAUUCUGCUGUUGCAGUUUAGCAAAUCUCUAUUUAAAUCUAGGGCAUACAUUACCUGGCUGCAGGAAUCUAUUAUCAGCUGGGAAUUCUCCCAGUGGCGGCUACACUCUGAUUUUGCUUUAUGAUGAAAUAUGUUAAUUCCAUAUGCUUAUCAAUCGAACUCUAGUAUUUCUAUAAAAUUUAAAAUACUGAAGUAGCUAUGUGCUCUCUUUUUGUACCUCUAAUACAUUCCUUAAUGGUUAAAUGCUCUAGUGUAGGUGUUACA